AUUUAUCUGUUUGUUUCCUUUCUGCUCCGUGGAGAGAGAGAGAGAGAGAGAGAGAGAGAGAGAGAUGGAGUCGGUGAGAUCUGGUGGACACCAACAAAAACAAAAACAAAAACAAAAACAAAAACAAAAAAUUUCAGGGUGAUCUUAAAAAUCGGGUGAGAGAUGAGAAAAGGGUAGCUUUUGUUUUGGAGUUUAGUGAAGUAGGCGUGAUUUAAAAUUUGGGUUUUAGUUGGAGCUUCAAGUAUUUGAUGGCCGAUUAAUUUCUGAGCCUGUCUCUGCAUGGAAAUAUACUGUCACGUAGUUCAAGAAUCCUGCUUUUUUUAAGCGAAAAAGAAGAGGAAGAACGGAGAUUAACAAGUGAGAACAGCUUUUUCUCAGCCUGAAAGAGGGGUAGGGUUUUCUUGAGUGAUGAAUAAUUGAGAAAUUUCAGCAUUCCGAGAGCCCUUCUCACCACCACAACCUCUGACACUGCUGAAAGCAAUGAAAGAGCUGGAGAAAAGCUUGGAUCCACAGUUGUGGCACGUCUGUGCAGGAAGCAUGGUACAGAUCCCUCCGGUGAACUCCAGAGUCUUCUACUUUCCUCAAGGCCACGCUGAGCACGCCCAGUCUCCGGUGGAUUUCUCGUCCUCCUCGCGAAUCCCGGCUCUUAUCCUCUGCCGCGUGGCCUCCGUCAAGUACCUAGCCGAUUUAGAAACCGACGAAGUCUACGCCAAGAUAAGCCUUCUCCCAUUGUCAAAGAACGAGCUUGAUUUCGGAGAAGAAAUGGGUUUAUCUGAUAAUAGUAAUGGCAAUAAUACUGAGAAGCCUGCUUCUUUCGCAAAGACAUUAACCCAAUCUGAUGCUAAUAAUGGUGGAGGUUUCUCUGUGCCAAGGUACUGUGCAGAGACUAUAUUUCCCCGGCUGGAUUACUCUGCAGAUCCUCCAGUGCAGACUGUUGUUGCCAAGGAUGUUCACGGCGAGAUGUGGAAGUUCAGGCAUAUUUAUAGAGGGACUCCGAGAAGGCAUUUAUUGACUACGGGGUGGAGCACGUUUGUGAACCACAAGAAACUGGUUGCUGGGGAUUCAAUUGUGUUCCUGAGAGCUGAAAAUGGCGAUCUCUGCGUUGGGAUUCGCCGCGCCAAGCGGGGAAUCGGGAUUGGAAGUGGGCCUGAAUCGUCCUCAACUCCCUCUGGAUGGACUACAAAUUCGAGUUACGUUAACCCAUAUGGUGGGUUUUCCCUUUUUCUGAAAGAAGAUGAAAACAAAGGAUUGCGAAAUGGGGGACUCAGAGGAAAGGGAAAAGUAAGGCCUGAAGAGGUUAUGGAUGCGGCGGCGCUUGCAGCCAACAGUCAGCCGUUUGAGGUUGUUUAUUACCCUCGAGCAAGCACACCGGAGUUUUGUGUUAAGGCUUCUUCGGUGAGGGCUGCAAUGAGGAUCCAGUGGUGCUCUGGGAUGAGGUUCAAGAUGGCCUUUGAGACGGAGGAUUCUUCAAGGAUUAGCUGGUUCAUGGGAACUGUGUCCUCUGUUCAGGUCUUUGAUCCCAUUCGAUGGCCUAAUUCUCCUUGGCGGCUUCUCCAGGUGACAUGGGAUGAGCCGGACUUGCUGCAGAAUGUAAAAUGUGUCAGCCCAUGGUUGGUUGAAUUGGUAUCGAACAUGCCAGUCAUACACCUCUCACCCUUCUCACCACCAAGGAAGAAGCUGCGGCAAUACUUAGACUUCCCCCUCGACAGCCAAUUUCAAUGGCCAUCAUUUUCAGGCAACCCCCUUGGGCCUAGCAGCCCCUUGUGUUAUCUAUCUGAUAACUCUCCUGCAGGCAUACAGGGAGCCAGGCAUGCUCAAUUUGGAAUAUCUUUAUCAGAUGUCCAGCUUAACAACAAACUGCAGUCAGGGCUGUUUUUGUCCGGUCUCCAGCAGUUCAAUUCACACUCUAGAAAGUCCGAAAGUUUUAUGAAAGACCAUACAAACAGCAGUGAUAAUUUAUCUUGCCUGUUGACAAUGGGGAACUCUAAUACAAAUUCAGAGAAAUCUGAUCAUGUUAAGAGGCAUCAAAUUUUACUCUUUGGUCAACGAAUUGUCACUGAGCAGCAGAUUUCUCAUAGCUGUUCCACUGAUGCGGACUCUCAAGUUCGCAGCGGAAAAGUUUCAUCUAACGAGAGUCCAGAAAAAACAAAAAAACGUGAUGUUCUAGGAUGUACUCCUGAGAAACAAACAUCACCAGAAAAGUCAGUCAGUGCCGGCUUGUCAUGGCAGAGUCUUCAUACAGCCGAAACUGGCUUGGAUGCUGGUCACUGCAAGGUUUUCUUGGAAUCAGAGGAUGUAGGUCGAACCUUGGACUUAUCUGUUAUAGGCUCCUACGAAGAGCUGCACAGUAGGCUGGCCAACAUGUUUGGCGUAGAAAGAUCAGAUAUUUUGGGCCAUGUGCUCUACCAAGAUGCAACUGGUUCUGUUAAACAGAAUGAACCAUUCAGUGUCUUUACAAAAACAGCAAAAAAGUUGACAAUUCUGAUGAAUCCAACUAGCAGGGACAAUACUGCAAGGCCAUGGAUCACCCGGAUGCAGAGUGCUGAAAAUGGUCUAGAGGUGGCCUCAAAUAAGACUGGUCCCUUGAGCAUAUUUGCAUAAGGUUGUGUGUCGGCCAUGAAAGUAGAUGCGAAAAGAAUAAAAGAUAUUAAGAGCUUUCGGUUCUUGUUGCAUGUAGAUGGGAGGAACAGGAUAAAUAACUCCCAUCUCUUAUUGAAGCUGUUUUCUGAAUGUGUUCCAUUUUAGCAUGUAUCAAAUAUUUCCGACGAAUAUUUAUGAAGUUCUUGCCUAUAUUUUGCUCA